CCCAGCCUGGGGCAGAGUAAGGGAACCAUUCGUCCCCUUGUGGAUUCACCAGCACCCCUGUCUCACCACCACUGAUCAUAUUGAAACACCCUAGGAUGAACAGCACCAGCAACUGUACCUCUGAGGACAAUAGCCAGUCACAGCAGCUGGUCAUGAUUGUGUACAUCGUCAUUUUGCUGGUGCUGGGUAUUGUGUUCAAUGCCUUGGCCCUGUGGGUGUUCUGCUGCCGCAUGAAAAAGAAGUGGACAGAGACGGUCAUCUACAUGACCAACCUGGCCGUGGCAGACUUCUGCCUCCUCUGUGCCCUACCCAUCAUGCUCUACUCCCAAAGGCAUAGCAAACGAGAGGACACCAUGCUGUGCCAGACAUCCCAGAGCAUCUACUUGGUGAACAGGUACAUGAGCAUCAGCAUCAUUACUGUGAUUUCCGUGGACCGCUAUGUGGCUAUCCAGUUCCCAAUGCAGGCCAAGAGGCUGCGGUCCCCUGGCCGCUCCGCCAUCAUCUGCGCUGUGCUCUGGGCUUUGGUCAUCAUUUCCACAGCCAGCCGCCGGGCCUGGCAAGUCAAAGAUGGCAGCUUCUGCUUUUCCAGUGAGAAAUAUGAUGGGGCAAAGUCGUCCAUCUUCUCCAUGCUUGGCUUCUACAUCCCGUUGAUUGUCCUGACCUUCUGUUCAAUCCAGGUGAUUGUGAUCCUGGUGAGGAAGAAGAAGACGGAUGUCCAUGAGAAGAAAGCCAUCCAGAAAGCCAUCUGGAUCAUCAGCGCCAACCUACUCGUCUUCCUGGCCUGCUUCCUGCCCAUGCAUGUGGCCUUGAGCAUCCGGCUCAUCAUGGAGCCCAAGACCUGCUCCAGCAUACGGACCUGGAAGAAUGUCAUCAUUAUAACCUCACGCUUGUCCAAUGCCAACUGCUGCCUGGAUGCCAUCUGCUACUACUUUGUGGCCAAGGAAUUCCAGGAAGCAUCAGCCCAAACCAUCUCCACUUUGUCCAGGUCCUACAAGCUCCAAGACUCAACAUAA